CUAAUUCUCUUCUCUUCUCUUCUUACCCAACUCUUCUUUUCCCUUCGUAGGGCGCUCCAUUGCUUUAUAAAUAGAACGAACCAAAACGCGCUUUCAGCAACGCGUUUUUGGUUGCUGAUUUCAUUUUGGGAAAACGGACAGACGACAGAAAGUGGGCCAUUUCCGAACAUUGUCGAGGAAACUUGGAAGGCUUCACUAUUAAAAUUUAGUCCCCACAUUUUCUAUUUUCCCUUUUUUUUCUUCAAAAUAACAAAAGCUCCAUCUCUCUGUCUCUUCCCCCUCUAUACUUCACUUUCGAAAUACCUUUUUAUCUAUUUUCCUUUUUGGGUUCUCAUGCAUAUAUAUUGUUUAUUGAGUUGAGGAAACAGAGUCCGCGAGUAUAGACUUUAGAGAUGGGAAAUUGCUGCUCGGACGUCGGCGGCGGGAUGGCGGCUGUGGGUGGCACCGCCGCCUCCGCUGCCACUGGCAACCAAAACGACGCUGUCGACAUGUUCUUUAAGUCUCGUGGAAUCCAUGGCCUCUUCUCUCAGAUCGAGUUAUCAUUUUCUGCAUCAAAUUUGCAAAACCGGGAUGUUUUCUCCAAGAGUGAUCCAAUGGUGGUGGUUUAUAUUAAAGAAAGAGAUGGAGCAAUUACAGAAGUAUUUCGUACUGAAGUAGUUCUCAAUUCCUUGAAUCCUACAUGGAUCACAAAGUAUACAAUUACUUAUCAUUUUGAGGUUGUCCAAACCUUGCUAUUUCAUGUCUUUGAUGUUGACACCCAGUUUCACAAUGUGGACGUAAAGAUGCUUAAGCUGGAGGAGCAGCAAUCUCUUGGUGAGGCUUGUUGUGCAUUGUCAGAGAUUGUGAUCAAACCAAACAGGUCAUUGACCUUUGAUCUUGUUCGUAGAGAGGAAUCUGUCACAGCAACCCGUUCCCAACACCAAGGAAAGCUUACUGUGCAUGCAGAGGAAUGCAUUAGCUCAAAGACUACAGCAGAGAUGGUGUUAAGGUGUUCAGAUUUGGAAUCUAAGGAUCUCUUCUCAAAAAGUGUAUGCACUGCUGAUUUGAAGCACUCUUACUUUUGUUAUAUUUUUUUAGGAAUAUUAGUUAUCUUAUGGUGCAUAUGUGGACUUAUACUGCAGGACCCAUUUUUGGUAAUAUCAAAACUUGUAGAGAGUGGGAUUUCUAUUCCUGUAUGUAAAACUGAAGUCUUAAAGAAUGAUCUCAACCCAACAUGGAAGCCAGUAUUUCUGAAUAUUCAACAGGUUGGAAGCAAGGAUAGUCCGUUAGUGAUAGAGUGCUUUAACUUCAACAGCAAUGGCAAGCACGAUCUGAUUGGAAAAGUCCAGAAGUCGCUAGCAGAUUUGGAGAAGCUUCAUUCUGGAAGGGAAGGAGAAAACUUAUUUUUGCCAACUCCAGUUGGGCAUGAUUUCCAAAACAAGAUAUUAAAAGGCAAGCUUUUUGUGGACAAAUUUUCUGAGACUGUCCAACAUACCUUCCUCGAUUACCUGGCUGCAGGUUUUGAGCUGAACUUCAUGGUGGCUAUUGAUUUCACUGCUUCAAAUGGAAAUCCCCGCCUCCCUGAUUCCUUGCACUAUAUUGAUCCGUCAGGACGGCUGAAUGCGUAUCAGAAAGCAAUCUAUGAGGUAGGGGAGGUAUUGCAGUUUUAUGAUGCAGACAAGCGCUUUCCUGCCUGGGGAUUUGGAGCACGGCCAAUUGAUGGUCCAGUUUCUCAUUGUUUCAACUUGAAUGGAAGCAGUAACUACUGUGAGGUUGAAGGAAUCCGAGGAAUUAUGAUGGCCUAUGCCAGUGCCCUUUUUAAUGUUUCUCUUGCAGGGCCAACACUGUUUGGACAUGUGAUUAACAAAGCUGCGCUAAUUGCCAGCCAAUCCCUUGCCAAUGAUGCUCAAAAAUACUUUGUUUUGUUGAUAAUCACGGAUGGAGUAGUAACUGAUCUCCAAGAAACCAAAGAUGCUCUAGUAAAAGCAUCAGAUCUCCCAUUGUCUAUCCUCAUUGUUGGAGUUGGAGGAGCUGACUUCAAAGAAAUGGAGAUUUUAGAUGCAGAUAAGGGAGAAAGACUUGAAAGCUCAACCGGACGUGUUGCCUCUCGUGAUAUUGUUCAAUUUGUUCCAUUUAGAGAUGUACAAAGCGGAGAGAUUUCUAUUGUUCAAGCACUUCUAGCAGAAUUACCAACUCAAUUUUUAACCUACAUGCGAAGCAGAGAUAUUAAACCAAGCACUUGAUUUUGUAAAGCAUUGUACAUAAUCAAAAUUAUUCUUCUGUUUUGGGUGUUUUGUCACGCCUUGACAUUGCCUCUUGUCAAUGCCACCAUGGUUUUUUAACGAGGCAGCUUGUACACAAGUCUUGCAUCAAAGUCUCUUCAGAGACAACAGAUGGAUAUAUUGCGUUAUCAAGAUGGAUUGGAGAUUGAUCAGGUCAACAAAGACUUUGCCGUUGCGCCUGUCUGCUAGCUUGCCCACACGGCUGACAGACAGCACAUUCUUUGUCAUGUCCACCGUGGGUUGUAGAGAGACGGGAUUUGCAAUGGGGGCAGCUCCCCCACCAAGAACUCCUUAAACUUUUCGGUACAAUCAUGUAACUACCAUAAGUUGAAGAAAAGUUUUUAAGUGUUACAUAACUACCAAUUUCCCUUGAGAAAAUUUAUGGUACUUUCUAUUUUUUGGUAGCUAAAA